CGCGAUCGCCUCAGGGGGGGAACAGUCUGCUUUCACUCGCUUCACAAGUAAGUUAUUCCCUCCUUUACUUGUUGCACGUUUCUUACUGAUGCGCGUUUAUUUUCAGUGCCUCGGUGUGUGUUCUGCUUUUUUGAUCCUCACGAUAUCGAGGAUGAAUCGGACGACGACGACGAUUCUCGGGACGGCGCACCUCCUACACUGUCUGCUCACGUGAUGCGAUCGCACCCCGACGUGGAUACAUCCUUCCUGCCCUUCUUCCAGACUGACGCUGCAUUUAGAGGUAUCGUCAAAAGAUUCACGCUAUUGGCAUCUGUUCACGAUCAGGGAGUAGAGGAUUUGCGACAAUAUUUAAUGAGUCACUUUCACGAUAUGCUCGCCAUAUUGAGAGCGCAAAGAAUACCCUUUAGGUUUUGCAUUUGUUCCGAUGUUUUAAUGGUGAAGGAAACUCGGGGGGAGAUAACCGCGCACAUAGCCCACUUUAUGGCGUUUGCUCGCGAAGUCCACAGCGACGGAGCCGUCGCGAAUACCCUAAUGGACGCGAUUCAGGAGUCCACGGGACGCGUAGAAAAUUAUCAGCGGGGAGGGAGCGGGUUCGUGUCCACCGACGUCCAAAAGGUUCAAAUAUGCAUUUCCGCGGUGAAAACUAAAAAAUUCGGAUGCAAAGGGGCACUUCCCGAUCAUUUGGCUAAACGCAGGAACGUGCUGACGAAUAUUCAUUUACCGGCACAUAAGGAGGGUGAGUGUUUUAAAUACAAUACGCUUGCCCUCCUGCACCCGCAGGAAAGUAAUUCGUGGCAAAAAUGUGAAAACUAUGUCGUGGAGUACUGGUGGCCUAGUCGCUUCCCCGUUUCCUACUCUGAUCUGGACGAAUUCGAAGAUAAAAACAAGAUAUCCGUGUACGUAUACGAGUACGUCGAUCAGGGAGUGCACGUGUCGCGAUCCCCAAAACUCGAGUAUGAAAAGAAAAUUCACUUAUUGGCUGUAGAUGAACAUUUUUUCGGAAUCAAGUCUCUCGAGCGCUUACUGAUGAGAGACAACAGGCGUUUCCUAUGCGAGCGUUGCACGCGCUCUUUUAACAAGGAAGAGAGCAUGGCGAAACCAGGGGCGCGAAGCUGUAGUAUAAAUCUAUUGUAGCAGGAACCUCACGUGACCUCCGGAGCUGGACCAAUGUCUGAGGACUAGCCACCCUAUUUUUUUUUCUUUUUUGAUUAUGUCGCGAAUGACGUAAAUGACGUGUCAUCCGUUUCUCUCUUACUACUUUCCUCCUCUCUGCUCUGCUUCCCGUCCUCUUUUGUUGUUCCUUUUUUUCUUCCAUGCACUGUUUUUUUGUUCACGUUUGUCGGAAUGUAGUGGGAGUUACAGGAAUACGACUGAGCCUUGGUUGUUUUUGUCACACGAAGUAUUUUAUUGUGCGACAUACGGUUAUGCAAGCAAGACGUACACAGGAUGACAUUUAUAUUGCUCCAAAAUUUGCUUGAAGAAGCCUGAUGAUGUCGGAUUGCCUCUGGCAAGGACUGCUACUGGGAACUGGAGCUCAGUGGCUGCAAGAUGAAAACAAUUGGUAUCAGAUAUAUGGUUAUGCAUGUGAAAGUUGCAAUGUAAAUAGAAAGAAUAAAGGUGCUAUUGAACGCGAAAAAUAAGAACGGUGGUAGGGUUGUGAGAAGCUCGCAGUCAUGGGGUGUGAUGAGCGACCUUAGUACGAAAAAUACCUUUUAUUGCGCUACUUCACAAUUAUAUAUUCAGACCGAUUAGCCUGACAAUCUUGGCUUUGGCGCUACGUACAGAACAGCUACUAAGUCAACGCGUCUGACGAAACUUGUCGAGCGAAAUCACCAAGAAUCAGACUUAUAAGGCUUACAGUAGCGUCAUACCUUUAUACAGUACGACGUGAACGGGUAUUUAAUCAUAACAUUUAGAUGAUAUUGUUCCACGAAAAGUAAUAUCGUCUACCAUCGUAUCUGCAAAACUACGCUGUCUGUCUCGGUCACCGCGUAUUCCGGUAACUGUUAAGCAACUUAUUCACAAUACACGAAGUGAAUGCGGUGUUGUAAGGCAACAAGCAACGACAAAUGACUUACCUCUCGGCAGUCGUUGACCAGGUAUCGGGUACGAGGCGUUCGGACGCUCGAAUAGUUUCUACACCAAGAAGCAGAGCACAAAUGUUGCGCAGGCAUCUUCCCUGGCAGCUGUGACUGUUCGAGGACGCUCACAUGAUACAGCUUGCGUUUUUAAACAGGAAAAAUCAGAACUCAUAGUCCAACACAACCGGCACACAACACGAGCCGUCCGAAACGGACGCCGGCGACUCCGUGGACGCCGGUUCCGACCGGCACAGCCGCCGCGCUGUCGCCUGUUCGAGCGCUCGCGAACAAAUUUCAAAACAGCCAAUCAUGGCUCAGAAAACGAAUUCAUCCUCAUGGGAACCAAUCAGUAAUCACUAGCCACCGGAUGUCUCCAUGACGUUCAAUUUGUGACGUUUUCUGACGUCCGAUGACGUGAAACGCAUGAAGCGCCUCACUUUAUCCCGCAAUGGAACUGGCGAGUUUCGGGCCCUUGGCGAAACAUCGUCGCCUGUGCGCGGACGUAAACGAAAUCAUAUUGGAAUUUUGCGAACCGGGCAAAAACUUUGUAGAAUUUACUAAAAUACAGUACAAGCAGCAGUACAACUACGUCGUCGCGUUGGACACGGAGAGCGUACUCGCGCCCAGCGGUGUUGGCAUGCAGCGUCACGUCACCUCGAGCUUCUGUGCCGUGCUCGUACGCACCCACGACUCGAAGGUGAUGCGCAUCAGGACGCACCACGGUGAAGAUUCCGCGAGGCAGUGCGUCAGAGCUUUGAUGGAAAUGCGGGACGAGAUGAUCGCCCUGAACGCCUGCCCCGCGGAAAUGGUGCUGAAUGAUGAGCAACGAGCGCGGCACAGAGCUGCCACCCACUGCGCGUACUGCGGGCGGGAGUUCGCGCAAGAUCUAUCCCGUGUCCGGCACCACGACCAUUCCAAGCGUUGUACCGCUGGCGAGACAAAUUACAUCGCAACGCUGUGCAACCCCUGUAACGUGGCGUGCACGACGCGGGAAAAACUGCCCAUCAUGGUGCACAAUCUGGCCUACGAUUUGGUCGGACUACUGCGGGAAUUUCACCUUCUCGAGUGGAAGCGAGCUCCCUUCAUCGUGGCCAGUUCCAUGGAAAAAAUCCGAUCGUUCGAAAUUGGCACCUUCCUAUUCAGAGAUACCAUGCAGUACCUAAAUUCGUCGCUGGGAGAGCUCGUGGAAACCGUCAAAUCCAUGGGGGGCGCAGAGGCGUUCCAAUGCCUGAAGCAGGUAUUUGGAGACGACUACGAAAUUUUGCUUCGUAAAGGUGUAUUCCCGUACAGCCACGUUAGCUCGUUCGCGGUCUACGACGAAUUGGCUCUGCCGGCAAAAUCCGCCUUCCGAAACGAUCUGACGGGGGAGGAUAUAAGCGACGAAGACUAUCAGUACGCACUGCGCGUAUUUGAACGUUUUGGAUGCUCGAAUCUGAGGGAUUAUAAUGCAUUGUACCUGAAAACGGAUGCUCUGUUACAUGCUGACGUAAUGCAGCACUUCCGGCGCCUGUGCUACGACGCGCGCGGAUUGGAAUUGCUUCAUUGCGUUUCUCUGGCAUCCUAUUCGUGGCAAUGCGCUCUAAAUUACACGCGGGCAAAAUUGGAGCUGAUCAUCGCCGAGGACAUGUACCGGACCAUCGAAUCGGGUGUUAGAGGUGGACUCUGUCAGGCGAGCAGGUGUCAUUUACGGGCUAACAACCCGCUGUGCAGUGGCUACGAUCCCGAUAAAGAGGAGGUGUACAUAUCGUACAUAGAUUGCAACAAUCUUUACGGAUUCAGUAUGAUAAAGCACCUCCCCGUCAGCGAUUUCGAAUGGGUCGAGGAUUUUAGCUCCGUGGAUUUUAUGCGUCAUCCCACAGAUUCGGACGUGGGAUACGUGUACGUGUGCGAUUUGGAGUAUCCAAAAUCUAUCCACGCGCUGACGCGGUGCUUCCCCCUGGCUCCCGAGAAGGCUCUCGUUCCGAAGGAAUGGCUCUCACCAUUCCAGCGAGGGCUCCUCGAAGAGUUAAUGUAUCAGCCGGCGAACAGCAAAAAGCUGCUGCUCACGUGCAAGGACAAGGUCGAGUACGUCAUUCAUUACGCGCUGCUCGCGCUCUAUUGUAGACUGGGCAUGCGGGUGACGAAAAUUCACAGAAUUCUAAAAUUUCGUCAGGCACCAUUCCUGCGUCCCUACAUUGAGGACAAUGUUGCCAGACGCGUCGCAUCGAGCACGACGUUCGAGAAAAAUUUCUAUAAAAUCUCAAAUAAUGCGGUCUUCGGGCGUACGUUGCUAAAUAAAUUUAAUAUGCGAGACAUUCGAGUAGCCUUCGAUGAGGAGACGGCGAGUCGCCUCGGGAGUCAGGCGGAAUGCAUGCGAAUGGAAAUUUUGUCCCCCCAUUGUGUCAUGUACGAAAUGCGCAAGAGAAAAGUGCGAUGCGAUUUCCCCCUGCAGAUUGGCUUCACGAUUUUAGAACUGAGUAAGUUAACCAUGUACUCGUUCUAUUAUGAAACCCUGCUGAGCAAGCUCACUUGUCCGGUGAUUACCUGCUACUUUGACACGGAUUCUCUGAUCCUCGGCCUAUUCUGCAAGGACUACGAAGAUCAGUUACGCGCGAUCGCCGACGACCAUUUAGACUUGUCUUCCUUCGAUCGUGAUCAUCCACUGUACAGCGAGAGGAAUCGCGGUAGACUUGGCGCGUUCAAAAGUGAAACGGGUAGCGUACCCAUCGAGGAAGUAUAUACAUAGCGUACCCAUCGAGUAAUAUGCCUGAAAGCCAAAAUGUAUUCCAUCAAAUUAGCCGGGGGAAAACAAAUUGCAAGAGCUAAAGGGGUCAAAAAGAACAUUGUGCGCAAACACCUCCUCCAUGACACGUACCGCGAUACCCUAUUCAAGCACGCCAGCGUAUCGCACGAACAGGUGUCAAUAGUGGGAAAGAAACAGUGCAUGUACACCAUCAGAAAUGUGAAAAGAAGUCUGAUGGCGUACGACGACAAACGAUAUCUCUACAAUGACGUGGACUCCUACCCAUACGGAAGCUGCGAAUAUGAUAAUGCGGUGGACGAGUAGGAGUAGCGUCAUUUGACCUGCGUCACUGGAAGGAUGUGGUACCUCGUUCUCUUCUCGCUCGUCUCGUGCGCACUGGCGCUGCACGCCGGCAACUGUACGGCGAGCAUCAAGCUGGAGAAGGAUAAGCACACGUACGCGCACGAAUGCCCCGGCGACAUCUUGGCCAUCAGGGAGUGGCACGUGGUACCUAUGCGGUCCGGCAUUAACCUGGACAGGAACGCUACUGGAUCGUUGCGUACGUGCCUUCACUCGCUGGACGUGAGCGACAGCUACCAAGAUAUCCAGUGCACGCAGAAGUGCCAACUCACGGAGGACGAAAUUUUUCUCAGCCGCUGUCCCGGAGACGUCUACAUGAUCCGUCACUUCCGUGGAACCAUGCCCAGCAUCAAGGGAAUCAACC